CCAAAGCGCGCCCAGAGCUGCCUCAGAGCUAUCUCCAGCUCAAACAGCCUAGCAGCCAGAGGGAGUGAGGACAAGCUGGCCACACACACCGGGUCGUCUCCACAAGGACCCGGGACUGCAGGACUGCCUUGAUAGCUGCCGCGGCGGUGGCGCCAGCGCCAGAGGACUGACUCGGAGGACUCCGCGCCACCCGCCCUCGGUGCACUCUGCGUCCAGUGCGGAGCUGCGGCAGCACUCACUCAGCACCUCUCACAGUCGCUGCAGCCCAGACGCGCCCCUGGAACCUGGAGCUCCCCCAAGCUGAGGGUCGGAGCCGAGAGAGCGGCUGUGAAACCGUGAGACAGUCAGAGACUUGGGACCUCUUGCUGGCAACAGCGAUAAACAGGGAAAGCUUGAAGGGCGCAGGCACCAAGCUGUGCAGCUCCGAGGGCAGAGGUCCACCUCGGCGUGGCAAAGGCAGACGAGCACCUAGGAGAGUGAGCGGAGGGUCCCGGGAUCUGUGCUUUCCUCUCUGGUCGGAAGGCACCGACUCUCCCGGUCAGUUGCGCACAGGGCGGGAGGAGGGCUCCAUGGAAGCACUGGCUAGCUCAGGUCAGCGCGAGGCCAAGUGAGGAGGUCCUACUGGGGUCGCCGGGACCCGCGGGCCAUGUACGGAGACGUGUUCAACGCCACGGGCGGCCCGGAGGCGGCGGUCGGUGGUGCUCUGGCUCCAGGAGCCACCGUCAAAGCAGAGGGCGCUUUGCCUCUGGAGCUGGCCACCGCGCGCGGUAUGAGGGAUGGCACCGCCACAAAGCCUGACCUGCCCACCUACCUGCUGCUCUUCUUCCUGCUGCUGCUUUCCGUGGCGCUGGUCGUCCUCUUCAUCGGCUGCCAGCUGCGCCACUCGGCCUUCGCCGCGCUGCCCCACGACCGUUCGCUGCGCGACGCCCGUGCUCCCUGGAAGACGCGGCCGGUGUAGCUUUGAACUAAGCCAAGGCCGCCGGGUGCCGCGUCCUGGCCUCCCCAAGACACUCCAGUAUGAACCCGGCAGAGCGGGAUUGACAUCGGAGGUUGCUGGUCCCUGGAAACACUUUGCUCAGACCUUUUCCCACGUAGAUAGGCAACCGGAAAGUAAAAAGGGAUGGAGACGUUAGGAGGCUGCACAGGAUCCCUAGCUCAGUACCUGAAAGGGUGUCUUUCUUCCCCUAAACAGAAGGUCCAGUCGGGGAACCAUCCUGAAAGACAGUGUGCCACCUGGGCUCAGAAGCCUUGCCUGCCACGGGUUGAAUUCCUUACUUUGCCACAGAAGGGGCAGGAACCGCCAGCGCACAAUUAGCCAGGAGCUGCCCGUCCCGACUCCCUGGCCCUGUGGCUGUCUCCCCAAAGAUGCUACCGCCUUUCUUGCUCCUUGGCACUGAGGAUCCCACUAGUAUCCUAGCGUGAACUCAGCCGGACCUUGGAAUGAUGUUCAUAGAGACUGCGUCCCCUUAGGGAAAUGACACGACGCCCGAGUUUCAGUGGGUCCCGCCUAAGUCCAAAUAGCCAAUUCCUUCUGCGGGCAAAGAUGGAGAGGGGUUCGGUGGAGAGGUGCAGUCUCACUUGCAGGGCGCGACUGUGGGGAUCAGCAUCUCACAUCUCCAUGAGCCACAUUUCUACAAUAAAAACUCACCGAAUUAGACCCAAGCGCUGAGAACACUCUGGUUAUUGGUUGCGCCGCUAUGGGAAAGGGAAUAAGGGCUGGUCCAUCUGAGCAGGAAGAGACCCAAGUUUGAUCCGCCUUCCCGCCCGCUGUGGCCCAGGUCAGUUUAAUAAUAACCUCCUCCUCCUCUCUAGCUUUCCCCAGUUACUUGCUCUGGGAAGUUUUUUCAGAACGAUCUCUAGGGAAAAUUGCUGCCUGACCUGCUGAAUAAAUUCUUUUUAAAAGGA